GCCCCACAAAAGCGAGACGACGACGGGGCCGAACGGCUCCGCGCAGCGCGCGCCAGGAGGGAUGUUCGCUGCGGAACGUUCGGGUCGAAACGCUCCAUCCGCUCCUGGCCGGCCCCGCCCCUCCCCGACCUACCAUAGACACCGUCCUCCAUGGCGGCUAGGAAGGCCCGCGGGGAGUCCGGGGCGGUCCCGCCGGUCGGGCCUGGAUCCGCGUUGGCCCGCGGGCUCGGGUGAGCCCGCUCAAACGCCCCAGGAGCCACCGCCGCCUCCUCAGCGCCAGUCCUCAGCGCUGAAAAGACUCUCCCUUCGCCUCCCAACCGCCCCGCCAAUAGGGACCGCCCCUCGUUUUGACACCGUCCAAUCCACAGCGGGCCCUCUCGUCUGCUCCGCCCCCGACCCCGAAGGGCCGUUCUCCAGGACCAAUAGGCACAAAAGGAGUCGACGCCGCACUGUCCUGCCGGGGGUAGACACUCUGUGGAACCAAUCGGAGUGCGGGCAGGGAGCCGGGUCCCGCCUCCGAAACAAAAGAAGGCACUUGGCUGGUUUGUCGGCCAAUGAGAAGAACCACAAAGAAUCAUCCAGAUUCUCAACUCCAUUGGGCAAACUGGAACCAGCGAAUCUCAGACAUCCAGAAUCGCCACUCCUUCCUUGACUCUGUGAUCAAUCUAGAGGCACAGAAUCCUGAUUCCUUUGGACAUUCUAGAAUGGCACUUAAAAAAACCAACCAAUAAAACCCCGUGGAUCAUU